GAACCUGGCGACUUUGACGAGCCGCGUUCCUGACGUAGGAUCGGGAUCCGGAGUAAAGGUUAACGUGACGUCAGCCUUGCGAAACUGAGUUCCGAGAAAUCGCUGUGCUCAGUUUCGCAUCCAUCAGGUGAGCUUUAUACAGAGCAUUAAGCGCGCUGCGUUAAAAUCUCCAUCUUAAAAAUAAUCCUGGUGGCACAAUGGCGAGUAAAAUGCAAAGAUCGGACGACUUUAACGAGCAGUUUCUGACGUGCCCGGUCUGUAUGCUGCACUUCCGGGACCCCAGAGUCCUGCCAUGUCUGCACACAUUUUGUAAGGAGUGUCUGCAAGAAUGGGCCACCAAACAACAGCCGCUGGAGUGUCCAACCUGCAGCACACAGGUCAGUCUACCAGACCAAGGUGUGGACGGGCUCAGAACCAACUUCUACGUCAACAACCUGAUGGACUUCGCGGCCGCGAAGAAAGGGGCGGAGCCAGGUGUGUCACGGUGUCAGGUGUGUGAGGGGAAGGAGGAGGGGGCGCGGUCAUGGUGCGUACAGUGUGCCGUUCUGCUUUGUGAGUCCUAUACAAACACACAUCGCAGGUUUCCAGCCAUGAAAGGGCAUCAGAUCGUGACCAAAGAGAACCCGGAGGCCUCUGAAGGUGUGCCCAGCAGCUUUCAGCGCAAAGCCUUCUGCCCAAAGCACGAAGACCAAGUCUUAACUUUCUACUGUGAACCUUGUCAGACUUUGGUCUGUGUCGCCUGUACGGUUGUCGAUCAUCGGUCAGGUGAUCAACACAAUCCUGUAGAAAUCGGCUCCGUCGCUGAGAGGAAGAAACAAGACCUACAAAAACUGAUAGCAAAAAUCGAGCCUCGAGAAAAAGACAUGCGAACUACCAUGAAUGACAUCGAGAAGGAAAUAUCCGAGUUGCCAACAUCGGCAGACGCAGCGAUUGAACAGACCACAGUAUAUUUUGAUCAGCUGAUGGCCUUGCUUCGAGAUAGACAAGAAAAAGUUGUCACAGAAGUCGGCUUACGCCGCCAGGAGGUUAGGAAUUUUCUGGAAACCCAGAAAGAUGCUAUACAGUUUCAGUUAGCCGGACUGAUGAGCGCGUCUGAGUUCUGUAAACAAGCCUUGGAACACGGCAGUGACAUGCACGUCAUCGAGGUCGAGGGUCAAGCACGACAGACGGUGGAAGAACUGCUGACAACUCCAAACGACCUGACAGCCCGACCGAGUCAAGUCGUGUUCUCGGAGGGGACGGCUGUGGCGAAGUUCAGAGAUCGUGUGGCUAGGGCGGGGCGCGUACACGUAAGACAUGCAGGAAAGGUUGACGCGUCUAAAUGUUUAGUUCGAACUAAGCGAGUGGACGAGUCGCGUGAUCUGGAUGCCCUGAAGACAGAGCCUCUGCCAUUGAAGCGCAAGAAGCCAUCAGGUGACACCCCGAAGCCUGGGAGCCAGUCUAACCUCACUGUACCCACCACUGUUCCCCCUGCCAUAUCUGCACAGCGGUCCAAAUGGCAGUGUGACAUUUGUCUGUCCCACAAUAGCAAGAAGGCGACACGAUGCGCGGCAUGUAAAAUACCUAACCAAGGAAGUCACGAGCCAUCGCCAGGAAAAGGGAGAUGCAAGGAUGGCCCCCAGUCAACAUCAACAGGGAAAACAGUUUCCAAUGAAGAGGUUCAGUUUGGUGCAUUUGAAUUAGCCUCGACUAGAAUGACAACAAAUUCCAAACAGCAGUUCCCAGGACCAGCGGCCACCAGACCCAGCGGUGUGUUCACGUUUAGAGCAACCGGAUCGUCUUCAAUAUCUGCCUCCAAGAAGUCGUCAUCUAGCAGUUCAGGGGCUACACGCAGUGGUGGCUUCUCAUUUGGGCCUACAAUCGGUGCAGGUAUAAAAGCCCCCAGCCAAACCAAGAUCAGCACGGGCCUCCAGACGAGCAGGGCAGGGUUGAAGUUCAGUUCGAACCAGCUCUCCGCCCCUACAUCAGGAGCACCUAGCCGGGGACUCAACUUUACUACAGGAGCGUCGAGCGGUCAGUCUGUGGCGGGAAGUCCGUCUGUCGGCAGAGAUUUGUGCGGGGACACACCGGUCUUGAGCAUUGGAAGAAGGGGAGGUGGGGAGGGAGAACUUUCCUACCCAAGAGAUGUAGCAGUGGACAUGGACGGUAACAUUGCAGUGUUGGAGGCAGGGAACAAACGGGUUCAGAUAUUUGAUUCUAAGACUGUUCUGUCACUUCGGUGUUUUCCCCUUGAAGAUUAUGCUCCCUUUGGCAUUGACAUUGACUCCAGUGGACAGUUUGUCGUGACGUCAGAAAACACGAUAGGAACUGAAAAACAAGCAAUCCGGGUGUACUCACAGGAAGGAAAACUUACAAAGACCCUAAAAUCCGACUGUUUGCGACAUCCACGCGGAGUUGCAGUUCUGCAGAACGGCCGCAUGGUCGUGGCGGACAGCAAACAGAAGUCGUGUCUCCUCCUGCAGCCUGACGGGAGCCUCAUCCGGGACAUCGGCAAGGGGAAGUUACAGUACCCGCGGUUCUUAGCAGCGGACGAGUCACGUGAUCUGUUCUUUGUCACUGAUUCUCCGGCCCAUAGAGUGCUAGUGUUUGACCUUGAGGGUAAGCUGAAGUUCAGUUUUGGUGAACAGGGGCGGAACGAGGGAGAGCUCUCCUGGCCAACAGGGAUCACAGUAGACCCGGCAGGUAACAUCGUUGUAGUGAACCGUGAUGGCGGCCGUCUGCAGGUGUUCGGGUCAGACGGGACGUACCUGAGAACUGUGGCCACAGUGAAGGGAGGAUUCCCCCAGGGAAUCGAGCUGACACCGGAUGGCCACAUAGCUGUAGCGUGUAGUUAUGGGCAUUGUAUCAAGUUUUACAGGUACAGGGCCGCCAGACACCGUCAGACCAAGUUGAGCACAGGCCUCCAGACAAGCACGUCUGAGUUCAAGUUCAGUGCGAAACAUCCCGCCGCCCCUACAGCAGGAGCAUCUAGCCGGGGACUCAACUUCACUACAGGAGCGUCGAGCGGUCAGUCUGUGGCGGGAAGUCCUUCUGCGGGCAGAGGACUGCGCAGGGACACACCGGUCUUGACUAUUGGAAGAAGAGGAGGUGGGGCGGGAGAAUGUGAGAAGUGAAUUCGAAGUUCCAACGAGAAAUCCACCCACCACUAGGAAACACUCCGAUGGAAAUCUGGUCAAGGAACCAAUCUGCCAAAUUAAAUGCCACGGUGAUAGUUUUCCUGCACUUCCUGACGUGGCCACGUGGAACACUCUGCAGCUACCGGGCUAUUUUCGGGUAUGGCCUGGUCCCUGGAUUUUUCUAAAACUUAUGAUUAAAAUCAACACAAA